GGACCUGGGACAAGGCUGAGCAAGGGGUUGGGGACCCUGGGAUGCUGCAAAGUGCUCACCUCUCCUGGUGCCUCCAGCCAUCCAGGUUUGGGGAGGCAGAACCCAAGUGAUGCCAGCUCUGGGGGUGAUUUGCCAUUGCUGGGGGUUUACUCUUUCUGUCCUCAUAAACCAGACCCCUCACCUCCUCUACCUUUAUCCCCUCCGUCUCAUCCUGGCGCCCACCCUUGCAGGAAGCGGAUGAAGCACAGGGGAAUAUGUGCACCCAGUUUCAGGUAGAACUGGGGCUAGACCAAUGGGAUAAGGUUCUUGGUACUGACACAGAGAGGAAGAGGCAAAACACUCUUGAAACCUCUGUAGACUCUGCUUCUGACUGAAGAAAAAAAACCAGCUUGCAAAUGACAGCUGUGGCUGCAGUGGUGGCCAGUGCAGCUGGAGUGUGACACUGGCAGGGAGGGGGACAGCAGUGGGGCCGAGGGUCCUGGCUGCCGAGGUUCCUGUGGUGAGGGUUUCUGGCCAGUGUGUCACCCAAGGGUCUCUGGGGUGCAGGUGGGUCUGGCCUGACAGGUGACGAGUGGGUGAUCUCUGCUUGGGUGUUUGUGGCUGGCACCUCCCACCUUGCAGGCAGACAGAGCUUCACAGGUGUCUCCUUUCUGCUUGAUUUUCCCUAUCACCAACAUAUGGGUAUGGUUUUGCUUUCUUAGGAGAGAAAGCAGGUGGGCAGCUCCUCUUGCUGCAAAGAGGAGCUCUGCAGGGCUGUGAGCUCCUCGGAGAUGUGUCAGCCCAGGUACUCCCAGCAGUGUUCAUGGUGUCCAUUCUCCCUGCACACAGAGUCUGCCCAUCUGUCCUGCUCCCUGAGGCUGGGCUGAGCUUUGCUCUCAGGAUUGGAGGGGUGGCUUGCCCUGAGGUGAAGGAAAUGCAGACCCAGACCCUCCACCAGCCCCUCUUUUCCAAAGAGAGAGAUGCUGCUGCUGGGCACAGGAAAUUGUCAUUCAGAGCAAGAACUUGGUGUCCUCCAAUGUAGGGACAGGGCAGGUGACACGAGCCAGCUUGUCCCCUCGUGCAGCCAGCUUUUAAUCCCAAGGUAUCCUGUUCCUGGGGUAUGGAUGGUGGUGGGGUCCCUUGGGGCCUCCUUAUGAGACUCUUGUGGCACUCUAAUGUCCCCAAAGCUAGCUACUAGAGAGGACUACGUCCUGUGGCAUGGGCACGGUUGUGGGGUGGUGACAGAGGGGCUGGGGGAUCCUCCGGGGUCACUCCCUACCUCAUCCUCCUUGCAGCCCGAGUGGGAAGCUUGAACUCGUCCCCCUCACCCGCUGGGGUUUCUGCACUUUGAAAUGCAAACCUGCCUUUCAAUGCAAAUGCUGCGAGAGGUUGGGCCCAAUAAAAGCCCGUGGGCAGGGAGGUGCCUGGCCCCAGGACAGCUCCCCAAGGCGCCCAGGUGAGCGCUGCUGAAGGAGGGGCGGCCGCCUCCCGCCGAACCCGGGCGGCCGCACAGCGGCUCGGCGGCGCAGCAUGAGCGCGGGGCCGGCCCGCGAAGAUGUACGUGGGAUAUCUUGUGGAUAAGGACACCAACAUGUAUCCCAGCCCCGUCCGGCACCCCGGCCUCAACCUCAACCCCCAGAACUACGUGCCGGGCCCGCCGCAGUACUCGGACUUCGCCAGCUACCACCAUGUGCCGGGCAUUAACAGCGAGCUGCACCACGGGCAGCCCGCGGCGGCCUGGGCCUCGCCCUACACCCCUGCCAAGGAGGACUGGCAUUCCUACGGCACCGCCGCGGCCCCUUCCACCGCCAGCCCCGGCCAGUUCGGAUUCAGCCCCCCAGAUUUUAAUCCCAUUCAGCCUCCGGGCUCUGGACUCCUGCCCCCACCCAUCAGCAGCUCGGUGCCGCAGCUGUCCCCCAAUGGCCAGAGACGCACCCCGUACGAGUGGAUGAGGCGCAGCAUUCCCAGCACCAGCAACAACGGCAAGACCAGGACAAAAGACAAGUACCGGGUGGUGUACACGGACCACCAGCGCCUGGAGCUGGAGAAGGAGUUCCACUACAGCCGCUACAUCACCAUCCGCCGCAAGGCCGAGCUGGCCGCGGCGCUGGGGCUCACCGAGCGCCAGGUGAAAAUCUGGUUUCAGAACCGGAGGGCGAAGGAGAGGAAGGUGAACAAGAAGAAGCUGCAGCAGCAGAGCCAGCCCACCAGCACCACCACACCAACCCCACCAGCUGUCAGCACCCUGGGACCCAUUGGAGGCCUCUGCAGCAGCAAUGCCCCCAACCUCGUCUCCUCAUCUCCGCUGACGAUCAAGGAAGAAUUCAUGCCUUAACCCUCUCCACCAGCUACAGACCCCAAGAGAAAAGCACUAUGCAGCAGAGCCCUGCCAGCCCACGUGCUCUGAAGGGUGACAGCCCCUUCCCAAAGACACGACUGUCCCUGGCUGAACCGAUAGGGCAGACAGCAAGGCUGGGCCA